GAGGAUGAGGAGGCUGCAGAGGAUGUGAGGCUGGGCUGUGUGGUGUAUCACACUGGGGGCUGGAAAAGCACUUCUCACCUUCCAGCCUGUCUGUGGCUAAUAGAGACGAGGAGAUGCUGCAUGUGUCUUCCUAACCCACACUGAGCACAAGGACUGCCGGCACCUCCUCACCGCAAGAUGUGCACAGGAGUCCUAUAGACACAUCUUCUCUCUACUUCUUCUAGGCAACUACCACACCAAAGAAAUUCCUUCCACUGAUAUCUACAGAGAUGGCUACCAGCCCACUUGCAGGCACUAACGACAUUCUCCUGGCUUCCCCACCAACUAGCUACCAACAAGACACUAUUGGCCAGGCCAGGGUCGGUCACCCGGGCAUGAAGCCUAACCAAGUCAGCCAGGUCAUUCUGUACGGCAUCCCGAUUGUAUCUCUGGUCAUUGACGGCCAGGAGAGAUUGUGUCUCGCCCAAAUUUCCAACACCCUCUUAAAGAACUAUAGCUACAAUGAGAUCCAUAACAGGCGGGUAGCACUUGGUAUCACUUGUGUGCAGUGCACUCCAGUGCAACUGGAAAUAUUGAGGAGGGCAGGAGCAAUGCCUAUCUCUUCAAGAAGAUGUGGGAUGAUCACCAAGAGAGAGGCUGAGAGACUUUGCAAGUCCUUCUUAGGAGAAAACAGGCCUCCAAAACUGCCAGAUAACUUUGCAUUUGAUGUGACUCAUGAAUGUGCUUGGGGAAGCAGAGGAAACUUCAUCCCAGCAAGGUACAACAGCUCACGGGCGAAGUGCAUCAAAUGCACAUACUGCAACAUGUACUUCUCUCCCAACAAGUUUAUCUUCCACUCACAUCGAACACCAGAGGCUAAAUACACACAGCCAGAUGCUGCCAACUUUAACUCUUGGAGAAGACACUUAAAACUGACAGAUAAGACUUCGGCAGAAGAAAUUUUGUUUGCCUGGGAAGAUGUGAAAGCCAUGUUUAAUGGGGGAAGCCGUAAGAGAGCUCUAAGUCAUGGACACUGCCAUUCAUUGAACUCUGUAAAGGCACCUAAUGGAGUCUUGUCACAUAUGAUUGGGCAAGAACUUAACCAGAAGAGGCCACGGUUUGAAGAGGAGGAAGAGAUCGAGUCCCCCAACAUCACAAAUAAGGCUCCAAGAAGUUACCCUGUCAUUCCAGUGCCCAGCAAAGGGUUUGGCGUGUUGCAAAAGUUUCAAGCUAGUACUCUUUUUCCAAGUCCCUACACCUUUCCUGCCUUUGGCUUGUGUCAGAAGAAAGAUGACAGUGACGCUGUUAAUGGUCAGAAGACCAGUGCCCUAUCUGGUCUCUUCUGGCCUGGGAGAAAAGAUGCAUUUUAUCCCCCUUUUUGUAUGUUUUGGCCACCUAGAGCCCCAGGUGGCCUUCCAGUUCCUACCUAUCUCCAGCCUCAGCCUAGCGCCCUUAGCUCCAUCACAGACAACCCUACUUUGAGACAGGCCUUCCUUGAGCUAGCUGACCAGAGUGAUGGCAGCAGUCUCAGCACAACUGGGGACAGUCUCUUUGAAAAUGAGUGUUCCAGCUCUCCUGUAUCCAGUGAAAUCAGGCCUUCCUCUGAAACUAGAACCAAUGUUUUGGAGGUUCCCCCUUUCCCCAUCAGGAAGCAAAGCUACCACUCAGCCUUCAGGCCAGUGGUCAAGGACACAGAUAGCAUUGCCAAACUGCAUGGCAACCUUGAGGACUUCCCUGGCGAUCGGCACAUCUCACCUGGGACCAGCUGCAGUUACCAAAGUGACAGCUCAGACUCAGAUGAAGAGCAGGAUGUGGAUGUGGAAACCAACAAACAGCCUGAUGAGGAGGAAGAGGAGAGCCUAAGCAGCCAGUUCCUCCAAAGCAGAGGUCUGGCGGAAAGCAAUGAGAAAACAUGCAAGGACAGGUCCCCUUUCUCUGGUUCCAGAAGCGAAGCCCAGGCUGAGAAACUGGAAAGCGUAGAGCAUCCUUCUUCCACCCCAAAAGACUCAAGCCCCCGUCAUACAUCACUGGAGGAGCCCUGCUACAAAGAAACGCAAAAAGGCAAGGAAGAUAAUGGUAACUUACCCCCGAAGGACGAUUCCUACGCAGAUAAAAGCAAAGAAAUGCAUUUCUACAUCGCAGAUUCGGAAACGUCCACCGGUGAAUUUUGGCGAGAGAUACCAGCGGAAGCUAGUCAAGAGAAUGGCACAUCCCAGUCCCUGAAGAAGGACGUCGGAACUAUGGGAAAAGAAGAACUCCAGAAAGUUUUAUUUGAACAGAUAGACCUACGAAGAAGGUUGGAGCAAGAAUUCCAAGUUCUAAAAGGCAGUCCGUCGUUCCCAGUUUUCAACAACUUCCAUGAUCAGAUGAAGCGGGAGCUGGCGUACAGGGAAGAGAUGGUUCAACAGUUACAGAUGAUCCCUUAUGCAGCCAGCUUAAUAAGGAAAGAAAAACUCGGUACUCACCUGAGCAAAAGUUAAAAGGUAUGUCUACUUCAAGGUCAACAUCAACAACUACGUUUUUGUAAUAUUUCCCAAUCCUCCAUGCUAUAUAUAUAGACUGGACACCAGAUGUUCUGGUGGAAGAACUGGCUUCUCAAGAACCUCAGACCUCAAACAAUCUUAUGAUGUAUAGCAGCUAACUAUGAUUUCACGUCAGAGGACUAUGUUGGUGUGGAACUACCAAAGUACAAGAGACCACAGAACAUGCACUAAACCUUUUAAGGACAUGGACCAUGAUUAUAAGUCCAGCUCGUGUGGUACCGAAAUGGACAAUGGACACAAGUUUCUAAAUAGCGGGACUCAGAGCUUGGACAAGGACUCCACUUAAUAAACUAUGAAUGGGAUUCAGCGUUCAAUGGCAGUAGGACAAAGCCAAGGAUGAGCUUAGUUUUCCAACACUGGACAUUUUCCGACGUUGGUCUCUGUUUGUUUUCUUCUGCCUGCUGUAUGGGUUAGACUGUACCCUUCUGGACAUAUUUUACAGUUUAAUAUUAAGUGUAAUUAAGAAUAUAAUCUCUGUUCUCAAAGUAUUUAUCUCUGUUCUUGUAGUUUCUUUAAUAUUAUGUGGAUAAGAAUCUAUAAUAAAAGCUAUCAAGUGCU